AUGCUUCAUCUGGUGGUGGCGGCGGUGGAGGGUAUGCUUCUCCACCAUCAAGUGGCUAUGCUUCAUCUGGUGGAGGCGGCGGUGGAGGAGGUUGCGGCAAAAGUAGUGCAUGUGGCGGCAGCAGUGGAUGUGGAGGUGGUGGUGGUGGUUGCAGCGGAGGUGGAGGAGGUUGCAGCAGUGGAGGUUGUGGAGGAUCAAGUGGCGGUGGUGGAGGUGGAGGAGGUUGCAGCAGUGGAGGUUGUGGAGGAUCAGGUGGCGGUGGUGGAGGUGGAGGAGGUUGCAGCAGUGGAGGUUGUGGAGGAUCGGGUGGCGGUGGUGGAGGUGGAGGAGGUUGCAGCAGUGGAGGUUGUGGAGGAUCAGGUGGCGGUGGUGGAGGCGGAGGUGGCGGAUAUGCAUCACCUCCUAGUGGUGGAUAUGCUUCAUCAGGUGGUGGCGGUGGAGGCGGCGGAUAUGCAUCACCUCCUAGUGGUGGAUAUGCUUCAUCAGGUGGUGGCGGUGGAGGCGGCGGAUAUGCAUCACCUCCUAGUGGUGGAUAUGCUUCAUCAGGUGGUGGCGGUGGAGGCGGCGGAUAUGCAUCACCUCCUAGUGGUGGAUAUGCUUCAUCAGGUGGUGGCGGUGGAGGUGGUGGAUAUGCAUCACCUCCUAGUGGUGGAGGAUAUGCUUCAUCGGGUGGUGGUGGAGGCGGUGGUGGCGGAUAUGCCUCGAAAGGUGGAUGUAGCGGUGGAGGGUGUGGUACGCAAUCUGGAGGUUACUCAAGUGGAAAAACAAGUGGAAGUUACAGUAGUAGUAGUGGUGGCGGCUAUUCUAGUAGUGGAGGCGGCGGCGGCUAUUCUAGUGGUGGAGGCGGCGGCGGUUACUCAAGCAGUGGAAAAGGAAGUGGUGGAGGAUAUUCUAGCGGUGUAA